GGCGGCGGCCGCGCACUCCGGGGGACGUGAGGUGAGGGGAAGGGGAGAAGCCAUGAAGGAGAACGGGGCGACGAGCCCGAUUGACAUGGACCGUUCUUCGGAGCCGAACAAAGCGAGCGCCGAGGAGUCGGCGCCCGGCGGCGACAGCAGCAGCUUGAGCCACAAGUGCACGGCUUACAUGCUGGCCCUGAGGCCUUGGAGCUUCAGCGCCUCGCUGACCCCCGUGGCCCUGGGCACGGCGUUGGCUUACAAGAGCCAGGGGCAGCUGGACCUCGCCGUCUUCGUCCUGGCCUCGGUGGCCGUGUUGGCCGUGCACGGCGCCGGCAACGUGGUCAACACCUACUACGACUUCACCCGCGGUAUCGAUCACAAGAAGAGCGACGACCGGACGCUGGUGGACCGCAUUCUGGAGCCCCAGGACGUGGUCCGGUUCGGGGCCGUACUCUACAGCCUGGGCUGCCUCUGCGCCACCUCCCUCUACUACCUGUCCCAGCUGAAGCUCGAGCAUCUGGCGCUGAUCUUCUUUGGGGGGCUGUCCAGCUCCUUCCUGUACACUGGGGGUAUUGGAUUCAAAUACUUUGCCCUGGGUGAUAUCAUCAUACUCAUCACAUUUGGACCAUUGGCUGUAAUGUUUGCCUAUGCUGUUCAAGUGGGUUACUUAGCCGUAUCGCCGUUGGUUUAUGCCAUUCCUUUAGCACUCAACACAGAAGCCAUCUUGCACAGCAACAAUACCAGAGACAUGGAGUCUGAUAAGCAGGCUGGAAUAGUUACCCUUGCUAUUAUCAUUGGACCUGCAUUGUCUUAUAUUUUAUACAACCUCCUAAUUUUCAUACCUUAUAUAAUAUUUUGUAUUUUAGCCACUCGUUACACUGUCAGUAUGGCAUUGCCGCUUUUAACUGUGCCUUUAGCGUUUUCACUGGAACGUCAGUUUCGAAGCCAAAAUUAUAUCAAGAUUCCCCAGAAGACUGCAAAGCUGAAUCUGUUAAUGGGAUUGUUCUACGUUUUUGCUAUUUUGUUGGCACCGGUUGGGAGUCUGCCAAAAUUUUGAUCAUCUGGACAUCUCUUCUACAAUACAGUGUCAUGAAAUGGAACAAUACUUUCAUUUUGUUAUAAAGUCAUCAAUAUAUAUGAUUUGAAAUAAGUCACCAAUACUGAAGUUAUCGUCCUGUUAUUUGUAUGAUGCACACUAUCAAGUGCAUACUGCAAGAAAUUGGAAUCUGCACAAGUCAGAUUUUAUAUUAAUAUUCUUACCUGAAAACGUUAACCAAAGUGUUCAACUAUGUGGAUAUCUGCACAACUGCAUCAACAGUUUGACAAUAUGAUUUUUCUAUACAGUAUAGUAUUUUUCUAUUUAAUUUGUAACCAGUCUUGUUAGAAUUCAAUCUGUCUUGCAUGCAUUUGUACCAGUAUUUUUUUAUAACUCAAAACGGGUGUUGUGUCACUAUUAGCAAUGCAGAACCAUUGAAGCCUGUUUAUAAUCUGUACCAGCAAUGGAAUUUUCAGUAAUUGACCACAUUAUUCUUCAUAGACCUACAGUUUUACUGCUGUAAUUGUUCAGUUAUCUUAUGACCAUCACAUGAGAGCAUGUACAAAAGUCGGUUUUAAAACCACAUAUAAAGAAAUGCUAUUUGGAAGAGAUGUCAAAUCUGUAAUUGAAUUUCAGACUUCAGAGAACUUCUGAAAUGCUAGAGCUUUGUUCCAUAAGUUUAUCUGAUGUUUAAUUAGAUUCUGCAUUAUAAUUGUUCUUGGGUAUAUUUUUCAUCCUAUUAAGAAUUCUGACAUGCCUCAUUAGUGAGGAUUGAUGAUACCUUACCUACAGAAACUUAUUAAAUGCUUAUUUUUGAAAAAUUCUGUAUAAUCUAUAAACAGGUCAGACUUCAUACAUAAAACAAUGCUUUAUACAUUCAAAGGAAAAUCUUUACCCCACAGGCAGUUGGCUGUGACACUUUGAUAUCACACAAGUGUGUGAUGGCCACACAAUAGCUCUUGCAUAGCGGACCAACUUGGGAAUACAGAAGUUCUUUUUUUUAUUUUUACCAAAUCACCAAAUUUGGUGAUUCAUACUAUAUUAAGAUGCUUGUGUUUUGGAAUGUGGAUGUAUUUACAAGCUGAAGCAUUAUUCUCAAUUAUUAUAAAAAUUAAGGAAAUGUGGGGGCAGAAAGAAAUCGUCCAAUAGGACUUAUUUAUUGCAUUCUACAGGGAAGUUUCUACAGUUGAUUUCUAAUGAGUCAGCUGUGUACUACAGUCAAAUUAUUGGCAAACUGUUGGUGUAUUAUGUGGCUUAAGUGAGGAAGGUAAUAAGAUACAGUUACAAUUUUAAUUGAAAUUCAAUUCUAGUAAUUGAUUUAAGGGAUUAGUUGCGAUUCUGUUUCAUUAUUCUGUUUAUUUUGCGAAUAGUUUAUAAUGGUCUCUUUGUACAUACAAGUGUCCAGUUUAUCUCCCCAUUGGUCUGUGCUCCUGAUCCCGAGCUUCAUGCUUGAAUGCAGUUCCUCAGGUGCUGUUUUACCGGCCUAAGUCCCUGCUGUUCACUUGAGUUUUGGCAGGCCACUUGUCUGUAGAAGAAGCACGACCUGACUGUUUUCCUUCUUUGUCCCCAGAAAGGUCAGGGCCAAUUAGAGAUUUGUUUGAGACCAGAAAAUUCAUCACAGAGUGAGAUUUGAACUAAAGUGGUCUAUAAUCUGCAGCUCGAUCCACUACACUUUCAUGGCUGUCCCGAUAUUAUAUGUUUGCUGCCGCUUUAACAAAGUUGAACCUCCAGACCCCUCAAAGCACCCGUAUAGACUGUACAAUGUGUUGCACAAGUACAACAAUCUGACUGGCAAAAUAACUGCCACAAGCUUUUCACUCCUGGCAAAGUAUUGGAAUAGUUUGGGGUGAAUUGUAAAACCAGCAUUACUCUAGGCAACUGAUUGAUGUUCCUACAGUGAAAUCUUUGUAUUUGGUGUCAGUGUUGGGAUCAGCAGCAGCACAUAAUUAUUUCUUAGCCUGAUAAAAUUCACCUUCGAGAAGAGCUGGUAAGUGGCUUUUGAUGGAGGUGUUAAGUGGCAGUAUAUCUUUUAUGCAAGCAUUUACUGAUCGGACAGUUUGCAAUAAUAUUCUUGGUGUAAAUGUCACUAUGUUUACUUCUGCUACACCACUGUUGAAAAAAGCUUAACCUUCUGAUACUGUAUGAUUCCCAAUGUUGUCAUUUAAUUUUUUCAAUUCCUGUACCAUGUGUAUAAUAUGUAAAUAUAGCAUAACACAAAAUAUUUUGCCUAACCACUUUCAUUCAUGGAGGGUACAUGGUUGAAUUAGUACAAGAGUCACAACAUAAAUCAUGAUCAAACAAAAUACAAAGAGUUCUUUUACCUUUUUGUAUUAGGGUGACGUACCUCAUCCUAGUGGAUUGGAUGCUUAAACCAAAAGUUAUUUAGAUUGGGUACUCUUUAUGUACAUAAUUCUGACGUGUUCAGCGCAGUUAUACAAAGACUUGAACUUUUGAGCCAGAUCAUUAUGCAAUCUGCAAAUUAUUGAAUAAGGUGUUUAUUUUUAUACAACCCACACAAUCACAAUAUUUUUAAUAGGUUAUUCUCUGACUGAUUUGGGUAUAAUUGGAUCCAAUAACUUUCUUAUUGGGCAUAAAUACUGUUGGUAUUCCCUUGUGUUGCAAAUUAGAAACAUUUCAAUGUGCAUUUUCAGCAGAGUGGCAGUGCAUUGGCUAACCUAAUUCUGCUCUUUUUGAAUUUGUUUUUUUUAAUUUCUGCAAUUGAAAUCAACUGAAGAAUUGACAUUCAAUAUCAGCCUUGGAAGCAGAACUUAACAUACCCAUGUAGCAUAUUUGCAGUGCCAGAAUCUUUGCAAAGAUUAAGGUUAAAAGGUGAAGUUACAAAGCAUGCAAUGUAGUAAAUGUGGGAUACGCUUCCAUAGUUGUAUUUGUACUAUCCUUGGGGAGGGGAAGACAGCUGGGUCUACGGUGAUAUGUUUGACAUUUUGGAAUCCAGUUUACUCUUGGUACCAAUUGCUGAGCCAGGCUAGGUUACCUUGUUCCAUCGCUGAUGACAAACAAAGCAGACAAGACUUGGAAGGGGCAGGAUCACUGGGAGCAGGAUUUGUUGCACCUGGCACCCAUGAACAUGGCAAGCUAAAGCCCCAAUGGGUAAGGUGUUGUAAGCGAGAUUUGCAGCAGCAAGCUUGCCAGACGGAAUUCACAAUACAGUUUUAGUUGGUCAAACAUCAACAGGUCCAUAACACAUUCUGGGACCCCAAGCUUUGUCUCUUCCUAAUCUGUGCUGAAUAUUUGUGGGAAUUAGGUAAGAAGAUGCAUCUCUGGGGAGUGAGUGCACAUUUUGUUUCAAAGAUAGGAACAUUUCCAUUUGUAUGUGGCAUGCUUAUCUGUGGUUUAGAUACUUUUAAGAAUGUUAAUGGAUAUCCAAAUGUCAGAACCAGGCUCAUCAAAAAAAAGUGUUGAGUAAUUUCCCAGCCAAGAUUUCUAGUACAAUUUUUGAUUUUAUGCACACUUUACACACUUUUGUCUUUUUUUUUAAUAUUGUGAUGCUUACAGAAAGUAGAAUAUACUGAAUGUUUAUCAUUUUGCUUUUCAAUGUUAUUUUUUUGCUUGGUGGAAAUUUUAAAUACUGUACAGUAAUAUAUUUAUAAAAUCAAUUUAUAUCUUGUUAAUAAAACUUCAUAAUUUGA